UCAACAAGUACAAUUUACCACCUUUGAAAACUCGAUCUUAGUGCAUUCAGAGCAUGGGAAAGGCAAAGAAGACCAGAAAGUUUGCCGCCGUUAAACGCCUCUUGAAUCCCAAUGAUGCUAGAUUAAAAGAGAACCAAUUAAAGCAGAAAAAGAAAGAAGAGGAGGAGAAAGCCAAGGCGGUCCGUCGAGUACCACAGGUCGCAUCGUCCAUGUUCCUUGCGCACAAUACCGAACUUGUGCCACCCUACAGAGUGUUGAUCGAUACAAACUUCAUAAAUUUCAGCCUACAGAAUAAACUUGAACUAGUCAGUGCCAUGAUGGACUGUUUAUAUGCAAAAUGCAUACCCUGUAUUACGGACUGUGUUAUGGCUGAAUUAGAGAAGCUUGGUCACAGAUAUCGUGUAGCACUUCGUGUUGCUCGAGAUCCACGAUUCGAGCGAUUGAACUGCAGCCACACCGGAACAUACGCAGAUGACUGCUUGGUGCAGCGUGUCACUGCUCACAAGUGCUAUAUCGUCGCUACUUGCGAUCGAGAACUCCGGAGGCGUAUACGACAGAUUCCUGGUGUGCCGCUAAUGUAUAUUGUCAGCAGACGCUAUGCCAUCGAACGGCUUCCUGAUCAAGGCGCUCCUGGUUCAUGAUACGCUGAAGACCAAAAUUACAUCUACAGUUACUUUAUUAAUGAUGCUCGGUCCUGGCUGCCGCAAAUUGUUGAUUCAAUAUGUACCCUCUGGUUAGAACCGUGUCCAUCAAUCAGCUGUACACUCUACACACAGAUACGUGUUUCACAUAGUCAUGGCACUUCGAUUGAUAUUUUGAGAUGGGUACUUGCUGUCUAUAACACAGGAAACUUUGAUUACAUCCGAGCCCCUAGGAUUUCGGGAUAUAGUCGUCGAAACCGGAGUGAGAUUGCGAAUACAUGCCCUCCGGCCCUUGUCUGCGUCACUGUGGAAUUGGGUCAAAAGCUACAUAUGUGCUCGUGAUCACAGGAAUGCCAAGUCGCUAUGAUGUCUCGUUCGUUAUUAUAUCUUGCAAUGUCAACUCAACCACUAUCUGAACCCAACGUUUCGGUUCUCUUCCUGGAGGCAUGCGAUACC